GAGUAGAAAUUUACAAGACUUAGGCCAGUAGUCUCCAGAGUUUAGAAGAAAAAGAGGUGAUCCCAAUCAAACUUACAAAAUUCUUCCAGGGCUAAACAACAUGUAUGUAAUGGAGAUGUUGUUCCUGGUUAAGGAGUCCAGAAACAGAGCUGACAGCAUCAGAAUUAGGUGCAGGCCACUAAGGAGUAAUAUGAGGGAAAAUUUAUUCACUCAAAGAUUGUUGAAUCUUUGGAAUUAACUGUCCUGGAGGGCUGUGGGGGCUCAGUCAUUGAAGCACUCAAAGAAUAUGGGGAUAGUGCAGGAAAAUCAGCCAUGAACUUCCAAGGGCCAGAUGGUAAUUCCUGGUCCUAAUUCAAAAACAAAACAAAGACAAUACCCAGCAGGUUGGGCAGAAUCUGUGGAGAAAAGUGCAGACUCAAAAUUUAGAAAGCUUCCUAUCAAGAUGCAUCACACUUAGUAUGGCAACUGCUCUGCCCAAGACCGUAAGAAAUUGCGAAGAGUUGUGAAUUUAGCCCAGUCCAUCAUGAAAACCAGCCACUCCAUUGACUCUGUCUACAGUUCCCACUGCCUCAGGAAAGCAGCCGACAUAAUCAAGGACCCUUCCUACCUCGGUCAUUCUCUCUUCUCCCCCCUCCCAUUGGGUAGAAGAUAAAAAGCUUGAGAACAGGUACCACCAGACUCAAUGACAGCUUCUAUCCUGUUGUUAUCAGACUCUUGAAAUGGACCUCACAUAUGCUCAAGGUGAACUCUUGAUCUCUCAAUCUACCUUGUCUUGGCCCUUGUACUUUAUUUGUCUACCUGCACUGCACUUUCUACUGUAAUGCUACAUCCCGCAUUGGUUUUUUUUUCCCUUUUGUACUACAUCGAUGGACUUACGUAUGGAAUAAACUGUCUGGAUGGCAUGCAAACAAAAGCUUUUCACUGUAUCUCAGUACAUUUGACAAUAAUAAACCAAUUACCAACUAAAUGGGAUUGUUUUAGAUGGGUACUUGAUGGUCAGCAUAGACAGGCUGAAGGGCAUGUUUCUGCGUUGGUUCGAGUCAGCUCAGUUAUGAGUGUUGCUGUCAUUUUCAGAUUUCCAGCAUCUACAUUUUUCUUCGCUUCAGUUGCUGCACCUGCUUCUUGCUCUCUCGCUGUUAAUCUCGGCACUCAGCAUGGUCCGGGCACUCAGCACUGACAGCAGUCGGCGCCCGACCGGCCCGCCCAGCUCUGCCUUCGCUCUUGUCAUUGGCUGGCGAUAUGAAAGCGCAAACCCGAUUGGUCAAUACCGGUUUCGCCCCGAGCCACCCAUCGCGAGGGAAACUUGCACCAUUUCUUGCGCGCGCGGAGGGCGAAAGGCGCCGAAGGUCUGACAAAAACCGACGGAAAAGUCAGCGGAACAUCGCCGUAACUCCAGCCGCUGACGAGAACUCGUGGGAACAACGAUCUCGAGGGGCAACGUUGGAUUCCGAACGCUGGCUGUCUGAAGGGGGAGGAGGGGGUGUCCGUUGGAGGAGUCCUCCCGAGCGCGAGCUUGUGGCCGCCCGGCAUCUCGUGAGGCUGCAGUGACCGGGCUCCGCUCCGCACCCGUCACCGGGCAACACCGGGCUCCGCUCUUCUCACCGAGCCGGACCGCCAUGUUGAGCCUUAGGCGGCUCCUGGCCAAGAGCCGGUCAGGACUCUGCUUGAAACACACUGCUGCAGUAGCCGUAAAGAAUGAACCGAUCCUUGAAUUCAAACCAGGAAGCUCAGAACGGCAAGCUCUACAGAAGGCUCUGAAUGAUUUGAAGGGGCGAACACUCGAGAUCCCUUGUGUUAUUGGUGGUGAACGUGUCUGGACUAAAGAGAUACGAUACCAGCUUUGUCCAUUUAACCAUUCACACAAGGUGGCCAAAUUCUGCUAUGCUGACAAGGAUUUAAUUAACAAAGCAAUUAACGCAGCACUGUCUGCCCACAGAGAGUGGGAUCUCAAACCUGUCGAGGAUCGAGCUCAAAUAUUUUUCAAAGCAGCUGACUUGAUCAGUGGGUCAAGACGUACAGAGUUAUUGGCUAGAACCAUGAUUGGCCAGGGCAAAACAGUAAUUCAAGCAGAGAUUGACGCAGCAGCAGAACUAAUUGAUUUCUUCAGAUUCAAUGCCAAACAUGCUUUGGAACUUCAGCAUGAACAACCAAUCAGUGAAUCGCCAAGCACCAACACAACUCUGUACAGGAGUUUAGAGGCAGCUAUUUCUCCAUUUAACUUCACUGCAAUAGGUGGAAAUCUAGCAGGAACUCCAGCACUUAUGGGCAAUGUGGUGGUCUGGAAACCCAGUGACACAGCUAUGGCUGCUAGUUAUAAUAUGUACGAAAUACUUCUUGAAGCUGGACUUCCACCAAAUGUCAUUCAGUUUGUUCCAGCUGAUGGGCCACUAUUUGGAGAAACAGUGAUGAAUUCUGAGCACUUAGCAGGAAUCAAUUUCACUGGCAGUAAACAUUUAGGACACCUUUGGAAGCAGGUGUCUGCAAAUUUGGAUAAGAACCGUAGCUUUCCUCGCCUAUCUGGAGAAUGUGGUGGUAAAAACUUUCACUUUGUGCAUAAGUCAGCUGAUAUCACCAGUGUAAUAAACGGUACCAUUCGUUCUGCUUUUGAGUACGGAGGGCAGAAAUGUUCAGCAUGUUCAAGGAUGUAUGUGCCUGAUUCACUGUGGCCUGAAAUUAAAAAGAAUCUCCUGGAGGAGCAGAAGAACAUAAAAGUAGGAAAUCCAGUUGAUGACUUCGAAACAUUCUUUUCAGCAGUUAUCGAUGACAAGUCUUUUGCUCGAAUAAAGAAGUGGAUUGAACAUGCACAAUCCUCCCCAAAUUUAACAGUAAUUGCAGGUGGAAAAUGUGAUGAUGAAGUUGGUUAUUAUGUGCAGCCAUCAAUUAUAGAGACAAAGGACCCGCAAGAUCCUAUAAUGAAAGAGGAAAUCUUUGGACCAAUCGUGACUGUGUAUGUUUAUCCGGAAGACAAGUAUCAGGAAAUUCUUCACUUGAUUGACAUAAGCACCCCUUAUGGUCUCACGGGUGCAGUUUUUGCAAAGGAUAAAAAUGUUAUAGCUGAAGCGUGCAAAGUUCUACGGUUUUCUGCUGGAAAUUUCUAUAUUAAUGACAAGUCAACUGGCUCAGUUGUUGCACAGCAACCAUUUGGAGGAGCUCGCCUCUCUGGAACUAAUGACAAGGCUGGAGGACCUCACUACAUUCUCCGUUGGACUUCACCUCAAUCUGUAAAGGAGACACAUGUUCCAUUGACUACUUGGCGAUACCCAUAUAUGGGAUAGAUAAUCAAAAAAAACUAUAUUAAGGUUCUCCAUUAAACAUUUUUACAGCAUGAUACCCACUGAAAGUUCUUAAAAUGCCUUCAGCUGUUAAACCACUGACAAAGGUUUAUUGCCAGCUGUGUAUUUCAGAAGUACUCCUUCCGUCCAUUGUAAUAUCUGAGUGCCGUGUUACAGAAUUCACAGAUCUGCUUCAUAAAAGGUCAGGAGUGACGGCAGGAGUAAAAGACUGGAAAUCAACUGAUGACUACUAUUAGUUUUCUUUAAUUGUAAUGAAAUUCUCUGCAUCACUUCAGAGUUUAAUAGUUUAUGUUUUAGGUAUGUAAUUACUGGCAUUGAUACGGCAAUAUUUUUAUUAGAAUCAUUUCUCUGGGAAUAAUGUAAUGCUGUGACAAAAGGUAUGACUAAUGUUUUUAAACUCAUUACUUCUGCCAAAUUGCUCAAAAAAAAUCACUCUCUUCCAAAAUAAAUGUUUGACCUAAACCUGAACUUAAGUUGCCCUGAAGGAGAGACAACAUAUUAGCUAUGACACCUUGUGAACCACCAGGAAUGUUGAUGUAGUUGUGGAAAUACAAAUACAGCUCUGAAGAAAAGCUGGCAAUCUGCUGGUUUUAGAAUGUUGUUUGUUUUCUCUGGUGAGUUGCUUUAACCAGAAUUUUCCUUUAGAUUUAUAGUUUUGUGCAGUAAUCUGAGCAGUCCAUGGAAUCUCUGAGAAGAGCAAUGUAUGAUUUUUGAAUUGUUUUGUCUUAUUAUGCUUUAUUAGCAAUAUCAAAAAAAUACUAUUGAAAACCUGACUGCAGUAAAGUUAUAUUGUUACUAACUGUGGUCAGAAUUUAAAUAAUGGGGAAAAUAGUCAACAAUGAAUAUGAACUUCGCUCUGAGGGAACAUGUUCCAUACUUUGCGUGAAAGUGAUUGUGUUGGAAUUUGUAGCUAAUCGGCUAAUGAGUUAUUUUUACUGAUGAAUGAAAAUAAAUGUGUGCUAAUCUCC